AUGGUGAUUUAUUUUGGGAUUUCUGUCAUCCUAGGUAUUUUGGAAAUAUUUGCUGUGUCUCAGGGGAUUGUAGGAAUACGAGGAGUUUUCAGCAACAAUUUUUUAGCGAUGUCAAAAAAAGGAAAACUCCAUGCAAGUGCCAAAUUCACAGAAGACUGCAAGUUCAGGGAGAGGUUUCAAGAGAACAGCUAUAACACAUAUGCCUCAGCGAUUUAUAGGACUGAAAAGACUGGGAGAGAGUGGUAUGUGGCUUUGAACAAAAGAGGCAAAGCUAAAAGAGGCUGCAGCCCCCGAGUGAAACCCCAGCACAUAUCCACCCACUUCCUUCCAAGGUUCAAGCAGUCUGAGCAGCCAGAGCUUUCUUUCACCAUCACAGUUCCUGAGAAGAAAAAGUCACCUGCCUCCACUCCAGCAAAACCAAAGGUUUCAUUGUCUGUGCCUCAGAAAAAUCCCAACACUGUCAAAUACAGACUCAAGUUCCGCUUUGGAUAG